UUGUUGUGAUUAUGUCCCCGUACAAAACAAAAACCCGCGUUUUAAAAAGUAGCAAACGAAAAAUGACUCAAAAAAUGAGAAAUAUGAGACAAAAGAAAAUAGAAAUAAAUUAUGACUCGGAUUUAACUGCAAAUAAUCCUGUUCUGCGAGAGUGUAAUACACCGCAUAAAAUUAUUUUUGAUGACAAUCCUCAACAAGCAUUGAGUAACAUUUCUGAUCUGAAUAUUUCGGAAAUUAAUAAUCAUAUUCUAUCACUUGAAAAUGAAAAUUGUAAUUAUAAUGAUACAGCCACUACUAAUUGUCUCGAAGGUCGGAGAAAUGUUGACAUCAAGCAUUUAUUCAAGCAAAUACAAAAUAGUAAACAUGGUAAGUUCGACUGCUCAUUUUUAGAUAUGGAAUUCAAAAACGAAAUUCGUAAAGGUUAUAACUCUGUAUUUUACUUCAAGUGUAAAAUGUGUGGUACUACGUCAUCAUUUACUUCUGAAAACCAAAACGAAAAUAAAUAUUUAGAAAUUAACCAAGCCAUUGUAAAUGGUACAUUAGCGAUUGGUAUAGGAUACACACAACUUAGCGAGUUUAGUGCUUCAGCAGAAAUACCCGCUUUAUCAUCAACAUCAUACAUAAAAAUUUUGAAUAACGUAAGUGAUUCUGUUAAUAAUUCUGCAAUAGAAGAAAUGAAAAGUGCCGGUGAAGAAGAAAGAAGGAUAGCGCUAGAGAGAGGAAAUGUUGAUGACAAAGGANAUGACAAUGUUGAUGACAAAGGAGUACCAUUAUGCACAGUUAUUGCAGAUGGCCAAUGGUCCAAAAGAAGCUUGCAAACCAAAAAAGUCUUAUUUAUUGGUAUAAGAAAUAGAUAUUGUUGUGUUUGCCAAAGAGCCAGAACAAAAAAAGAAGCAGCACCUAGCCAUUUAUGCUUUUUAAACUGGAGUAAAUCUUCAACUUCAAUGGAGUCUGAUGCUAUUGUUGAGGGUUUUUUACAAAGUGUAAAUAUGCAUGGCUUAAAAUAUAAUAAGUUAAUUGGUAAAGUGUAUAAAUAA